ACCCAUCCGAGACUACAAUCCCCGGCACGGGCUCCCUCCUCUAGAAACGGUUCAUUGUAGUCAAUAGUAAAAUACUAAAAUUUAAUAAAGGCCUAUUGACCUUUAGCCAUUGCCACCGCCGAGCUCCGGUAAAGGGAACCGUUCGUACUUCUUCGGGACCUCGUCGGAAGAAAUCCUAAGACUUUAUAUUUAUUGUCGAAUUGCCGAAUUUAUACACUUCCGGAUUCCGGAAUUGUUCUGUCCAGAAGCAGGAAACUCGGUGAUUCCAUCAUAAACUAAAGCUAAACGCCACGGUCUCGAUUGCCGCAGAGGAAUCACUACAACUUCUUCCGUCAAAAAAACUAGUGGCUCCUUAGGCUGCUGCUUCUCCGCCAGAAACGGUUCAGAUGGACCCUUCCAUCAUGAAGCUCCUCGAAGAGGACGAGGAUGAAACUAUACAUUCCGGAGCAGAAGUGGAGGCGUUCACUGCUGCCCUAAAUAGAGAUAUCGAAGGCGAUACGUCUACUUCCAAGCCAUCAGAUUCUGAAACCGCAGAUUUACCCCAUAAUGGAAAUCCUACAUCCAGUCAAUUGUUUCCACAGUGGCAAACUUCUAACCAGGAAGAAAAUAAUACCUGCCAAAAUCAGCAAGAAGAACCAAGGAAUCUGCAACCACAAGAGCAGUGUAAAUCUGAAAGUGACCCAAUGCAACAUGGAUCUAGUGCGAACGAGCAGAGUUCACAAGAACGCGCUCAACUUCCUUUGCAACAGAAGCAGUCCACUGAUCAGCAGCAGGAAGAACAGAAUUCCCCCCAGUUUUCUCAAAAAGGUGGGGUCCAAUUAUCAGAACAAAAUCCUGUCCACUUUUCAGAACAAGAUAGAAUGUUGCACACUGAUACUCAGCAUCCCCAAUAUCCGAAAUUACAGAAGACAAACAACCAACAGGCCCUGCCAGCAGACCUGGCAAAUAAUCCAAUGUCCCGUAGCAAACAAGUACCAUUUGGUUUGUUGCUGCCUGUCAUACUACCCCACCUUGACAAGGAUAGAGCUAUGCAGCUUCAGACACUUUUUGCUAAAUUGAGGAAAAAUGAAAUCAAUAAAGAGGGCUUUAUCAGGCUCAUGAGGAGUAUUGUGGGGGACCAUAUGCUCAAACAGGCAGUAUCCAAGCAUGUAUUACAUCAGGAACUAUCUAAAACUCAGGCUGCUCAGAACCCACAGACAGGUUCCCACCAAUUCCAGUUACAAUCUCAAGCUUCUUCUCAUCAUCAACAACAACAUCAUCAUCAGCCUCAGCCUCAAUCUCAGACUCAGCCACAGCCACAGACACAGCCACAACAGCAACAACAGCAACUUAAAAUGCCAUCUCUUACUACAUCGCAGUUCACCGAUCCACAUUCAUUUUCACAACUUCAACAGAAGAGCCAGAAAUCACCAACUGACCUGUCUCAGGUUCCUACUUCAACAGUUCAAAUACAGGCCGAUUCAAAUUUCUUGACCACAGAGAACAGUACUCAAAGGUCCAGAGAUACAGAAAGCCAGUCAGAUUCACAGGGAACACAUGUGAGCAAAAUGUCUUCAGCCAACAUGAGCAUGGUGAAGCAGGAAAGGGAACUGCCUACAAUUUCAGUGCAAGGACUUAACAAACAGCAGCAACAGCAUUUACACCUUCCUCAGACAUCCUUCACAAUGUAUGGGGGCACAGUUGGUAAUUAUCAUUCUUCUCAUGCCUAUUCUGGGCCACCUAUUAGUGGUGCAGCAACUUCUUUGAAAUCCCAAACUCAAGAUUCACAGAUGAGGCAAGUUCCACUUCAUCAAAGUAUGGUUUCAACUCAAAUAGGAGGGGCAACUCAACCUGUGAACAUGAUGAGUGUGGCAAAGUAUGAGAUGCAGAACUCUCCUAAUGAGCCAAAGAGAUUGCCAACUGGACCUCUUUCUCACUUGUCCAGUCAUUCAACAUUACAACAAAAUCCAGUUCCAUGGCAUUCAGCAAUUAAAGAGCAUAAAAUUGGCGCUCCAUCAUCAAUACCUUAUAUAAAACAAGAACAAGCUGAGAAGACUGCUGAGCAGCCGCACAAAUCUCAGUUGUCGGCUCCCCAGGGUUCAUCUUCUUUUGCCACUAUACAGGCCGAGCAGGAGGAAAUCACAGAUAAGCCAUCUGCUAGGAUGUCCUUUUCGACAUCCACAAGUAUGGUGCCCACAAAUUUAGUUUCCAGUACCAUGUCAGCACAACUGGAGUCCACAAUGCCGAUGAGGAGCCAAAUCCCAUCUACUGCCACUCCAGUAGGGGUUGGACCCAAUAUGAAGACACCCCCAAAGAAAUCUUCUGUUGGCCAAAAGAAACCUCUUGAAUCACUUGGCAGCCCAACACCCCCAUCAAGUAAAAAGCAAAAGGUAUCUGGGGCCUUUCUUGAUCAAAGCAUUGAACAGCUCAAUGAUGUUACUGCUGUUAGUGGAGUUAAUUUGAGGGAAGAGGAAGAGCAGCUAUUCUCUGGGUCUAAGGAAGAAAGUCGGGCUUCAGAGGCAACUCGAAGGGUUGUGCAAGAGGAAGAAGAAAGAUUAAUUCUGCAGAAAAUACCUCUUCAGAAGAAAUUGGCACAAAUCAUGUCUAAAUGUGGCAUCAAGAAUAUAAAUAAUGAUGUAGAACGCUGCCUCUCAUUGUCUGUGGAGGAGAGAAUGCGAGGCUUGAUCAGUAAUCUAAUCAGACUAUCAAAGCAGAGGGUUGAUAUUGAAAAGCCAAGACAUCGGACUGUUAUUACCUCAGAUAUUCAACGCCAAAUUUUAUUGAUAAACCGGAAGGCCAAGGAGGAGUGGAAUAAAAAACUGGCUGAAGAAGCUGAAAAGCUCCGAAAGCUCAAUGAAGCUGAGGGAAACAGUGGAGCUGAUGGUGACAAGGAUAAAGAUGAAGUUCGUCUAAAAGCACAAAAGUCAAGCAAAGAGGAAGAUGACAAAAUGCGAACAACAGCAGCAAAUGUUGCUGCCCGAGCAGCUGUUGGAGGAGAUGACAUGCUCUCAAAAUGGCAACUCAUGGCAGAGCAAGCUCGGCAGAAGCGUGAAGGAGGAAUAGAUAUGGCAUCUGGUGUGCUACUAGGUAAAGACUUGAGUCGCAGGCCUUUGUCAACGUCCAGUAGAAUCACCAAGGACAGUCAAAAAGCAGAAAACAAGGGUCCCACUGCUGGUGCUGCAUCAUCUGGUCCUGUGGGAAAAUUUGGUAGGAGUCAUGUUGUCGUGUCCCAAACAAAGGUCUCACCUACAAUUUCUGUCAAGGAUGUGAUUGCAGUGCUGGAAAGGGAGCCACAAAUGUCGAGAUCAACUUUGAUCUACCGCUUGUAUGAGAAGAUGCAUAGCGAUGCUGUGGCAACUGAUAGAAGGUGAUGCUCAGGCACCGGGUACUGUGUUAAGAAAAUGUGCAUUUUUAGCAGUUCAUUACUACAAUCCGGUCUCUCAACACCUAUGUGCGGUCCAGGAGAGCACUGUACAGAUGGUCUAGGUUUCUCUUCUUAUUCCACAAGUUAUAUUGGGGCUUUCAUUGGGAACUAACUGUGGCUGAGAUAAUUUCUAUCAUUAUGCUUGUAAUCUUUUUUUGUUUUUUUCUUUUUGGUACAUAAAUUAUGUUUGUAAUCAGUUAUUCUAUAGUUUUGAAUUGAACCCUAGUCUUCUAAUCCACAUUGUAACAAUUCAGUCUAGUAAUCAGCAUAUUCACUCGUAAUUUAGGAUUUUUAA